AUGGCCAGAUCCACCAGCAAAAAGAACAAGUGCUCCAGAGGACAUCAAAGCCCAAUCUCCAGAAAGAAAUUACAUUCCAGCACCCACUUUGGCCGUAGAAAUUAUUCACUCUACGUAAACAGGGUCCUAAAGGAAGUGAUUCCCCAGCGGGGCAUAUCAUCUCACACCUUGGACAUCAUGAACACCCUGAUCAACGACAUCUUUGAGCGCAUUUCUAUGGAAGCCUGCAGUGUGAUGUGUUUCCGAAAUCGCUGUACCCUCACCCUUGAAGAUAUCCAGAAGGCAGUGUACUUGCUGUUACCUGAGAAGCUAGCUAAGUAUGCAGUGACUUUUGGAAGUGAAGCUGUCCAAAGAUAUGUCCACUCCUAA